AUGUCCCCUCUUACAUCCUUCGGAUCAGCCGAGUCCGACAUAAUUUCGCUCCCUCGGAAGAAAUCUCAACGCAUAGGCCGUCCCUCCUCUGGCCACAUCCUCAAUCGUUCAGGCCCUUUGGUAAGGCAAGACCGUCUUCAUCGUUUUCGGGAAAAGAUCCGCUCUCAGUAUAAGCCGCGCCUCGUUUAUAAUUCUCCCCCAUAUGAGAUUGCCUUUGCGAAGAGGCACAUUAUGCAGUCUUCACACAAAUAUUUCUCCCAGCAAGACUUGCAUGAGGGUAAAGAGCUACUCCAAAAGAGCUUAUCUCAUCUAUCCAAUAGUACUUUCCGCAAGGCCGCUCUAGUCAAACAGGCGUCAGCUCAGGACAAGAGACAUGCGGUCAUACACACGACCUGGAAACUCGAGUUGAUUGAGAGGCAGAGGUCGUUUAUGCAGUCACUUCAGAAAGAGCAGGAAGAGGAGCUUAAGAGUGCAGAGACUGAAAUGGAGUUCUUCAGGCAGCUGGUCUGCGAUCGAGGACUCCCUGCUUUGCAAGACGACCAACAAUAUUUGGAGGCAAUUUUUGCGGAAGAAUUGGACGAUCUCGAUGUCGCCAAUGAGCAGUACAGACAGUUCACGACUCAUGCGAGGAAGCGUGUUGUUCCAUUUGCAAACAGCAGUGACACGGAACUUUCCCCUGACGAACUCGUGGCAGAUCAUGAUUCCUCAGACUCCCACAGUGAUGGGGGGUCGGAUGACCUCGUUUACGGAGCAAAUGAAUAG